UUGCCCCAGCAGGAAGUUAGUGUGAUGAGCGGGACAAGUGGUUCAUCCAGUUGUCCAUCCACUCAUCUCAACAACCAGACUGUUGGCGAAAGAUCUGAUUCAGAUCAGGAUGAGAGACCUGGCACAUCCUUGGCUGGUGAUGGUGAUGCACAGCUCACAGAAACUGCGCAUGCUGCUGGAAGUCAGCUCAGAGGAACAAAAAAAAGAAAAGCUAAAUCUGGGUAUGAACGGGCUCUGCAGUCCUGGUCUGAAGACCAGAAGUUGAUGAUGCAGGAAAUACAGGAUAGACAAAACCGAUGGGCUGAGGAGCAACAGCAGCACCGAGAGCAGAGGGAAAGGACACUCCAGCAGCAAGAGGAGAACCUGCUGACAAGACUCCUCGAGCAGAAUUCAAGGUCAACAGAGAGAUUAGUUGGUAUGAUGUUUGAGGGCCUCAGAUCACUCCUACCUACCCCACAGGCAGGCCCUGCUCCCCCUCAGUAUAAUCCAUAUCCCCAAUACAGAUAUCCAGACCAACACCAGCAGUAUCAUCCCCAACCCCAAAAUUUCCCCAGACGGAGUGAAAACCCAGAAGAUGAGUCUGAGUAUACCUUACAAAGACUACACUAGAUUCAGAGAGCUUUAAUACUUGAUUUUCUACUACCUUAUUACUUGAAGUUGUACUUGUCCAUGUUCCUUGGGGGAUUUUUUUUUCUUUUCGAUAAGGCACAAACAUGUCAUAAACAGCUGUACCUUGCUACUGUAUACCUUAACUAGUUUAUUUUUGUUUAUACAUACGGUAUACUCUAACUUUGCCUUUAUACAUUUUCAAAGUGUCUGUACACACCCACAAAAUAUUGAGGUUUUAUGUUAAGUUUUUUUUUUUUCUGAUAAAACGUGAGACACAAACAUGUCACUGUGCUUCUACCUUAAGUAUCUGUUCACACCCACAAGAUAUUGUGAGGUUUGCACAAAUCAGAACUGGCACUUUGCUGUGUGUAAUAGUUAUUUAAUGUGCACACAAAAAAAUGGUUUUGUACAUGCCAUUCAAUUAAAAUUUGCACAAAUGUACCUUGCUACUGUAUACCUUAACUAGUUUAUUUUUGUUUAUACAUACUGUAUACUCUAACUUUGCCUUAAUACAAUUUCAAAGCGUCUGUACACACCCACAAAAUA